CAGAAAAGGAGUUUGCUCGAAAAGUGCUGCACAUGCAGCUAUCGUGGACAUUGAGGAAAGCUAGGUAGGUUGCAGAUCUGCCAAAUCUGCUCAUAGCCAAUAGAAGGGGCCCUCUUCCACUCCUCGAGGAGGAGCCUGCCUGCAUUGCUGGCUAGCGUAGUCAUGUACUCACCUUAGAGGCAAAUCUGCUCGUGGGACCGGCGUCUCUACGAUGGCAAGGUUUGAGCAUCUUGCCGUCUUUGUGACAGCAUUGCUUGGAUUGCUGCAAGUGCAGCAGGUAGCGGCAGGCGCAUGGAAGGACAGCAUGCUGCAUCCAGUCAUCAUCUUUCCAGGAUUCUCGUAUUCCAGACUGCGAAUCACAGUGAACGCCACGUUUGCUGCCCCUGACAUCCCCGAUUGCCGUGCUUCCACUCCCACCACCUUCGACUUCUUCUACGGCUUCGAUCCCGCAACAAUCCCGUUCAGUGAGGAGUGCAUCUUCCGCAUGCUGGAGCCUAUUUACACCAACUCGUCUGGGGCACUAUCCAAUCGUUUCAGCCCCCAGCCUGGAGUCCAGGUUUCGCUUCCUUAUCACGGCACCACCCUCUGCCUCGGCGCGCUCCCCAAUGGCACCACCGAGUGGGACUCUCUCAUUUCUCAGUUCAAAGCACGGGGCCUUCGGGACGGGGAAACCCUGCGAGUUGCGUGCUAUGACUGGCGCGCUUCGCCAAAUGUGGACCUGAUUCCCGACCAGCCCCUCAUUCCUCUGGUCAAGAGCAUGAUUGAGGACGCAUACGAGAAGCAGAACGGGACGCGUGUGUUUCUGAUUGGCCACUCGAACGGGCCCGUCUAUGCACAGCACUUCCUCAACCAGAUGGACACCGCAUGGAAGGAGAAGUACGUUCAGGGGCUGAUCGCGUAUGCAGGAAACUGGCCCGGUCAAGGCUACUUCUACUCCUACUUCCUGGCCGGCCUGACGAUCCAGCCCGAGUAUAUGGGGCUCAACCCGGCCACCGCCCGGUCCAUGGCGACCUUCCCCAGCACGUACUCGUUUGCUGCCAACCCGGCAAUCUUCACGGACGAGAACGACAUCGAGAUCGUACGGACGUCCGUGAGGAGCUACCGGGUGUCCGACGCCAAGCAGCUGCUGAUCGACGCAGGUUACGGUACGAAGGAGCUCGAGUUUUACGACCUGUUCAACGGUGCCGUCACCCCAAAUGAAUGGCCAGGCGUGAACGUGCAUGAAUUCUUUGGUACGAACCUGAAAACCGAAGUAGGCACAGUGUAUUCCGUCCCCGCGAGCAUUGGGCUAGAGUCGAGUGGAAGCCUGACCCGUUUGGGUGACAUGAAUCAGGAAGAUAUUGUGAAUGAUUCGACAUUAGAGUUGUGGCAAAAAGCAGCCGCGAAGGCAGAGAACUGUAGGUUUUCAGCAACCGAGCUAGACCGUGUGAACCAUUUCCAGUACUUGAGCCAACGGACAGUGAUAGGGAUUACGGUCAGGCUGAUGACAGUCAAGCGGGACGUCGAGUCUGUUUGUGAACCCGGGGACGACUUCAAUGCUUUGCUAGAUCAAUAGCAUCUCAGGCUUCAAUAUGAG